CUUAGACUGAUUUCCUUUGUGGAAUGUAAUUUGUAAAUCUCAAUAUUCAGUACAAUUACAGUUAAAUAAAAUGUCAAGGAGCAUAAAUCAUUGUCAUAAAGUACGAUAGGUUCAUACGGAUCACGAAGAAAAUACAAAUGAGAAAUGGCUCAAAAGACUGACAAGCUCUACCUUGUGGAGAACAAGAACACCAUACGAAAACUUGCUUCAUUGAGAAAUUGUGGGCAAUUAACAGACCUUCAGUUCGUAUUCCCCGAUGGAAGUCAGAUUGAUGCCCAUAAAGCUAUUGUGGCCCAAUACAGUAGUGUCAUAGCUGCAAAAUGUGUGGACAUUGACCAGCAUAAGCUACAAAUCCUAUCUACUGAUAUAGACAAUGAGGAAAUGAUCGAACCUAAUGUUAUGAACAUUAUGCUGGACUACAUAUAUGGGCAGCAAGUGACAAUCUUACGAGACAACAUCCAACAAGUAAUGAGACUUGCAAUUAAGUUAAAUGUUCCAGAAUUUCUUGCUGAUUGUGACAAUAUCUUAUUUCAAAAUAAGCCCCCAGUAGAUAAAAUCACUGGUACUCAUAUCAAACAAGAGGUUACCGAAUUAGGAUAUGAUAGCCAACCAGCUCGUCCAAGUGGUCGUGGUAGGUCUGGUAAUUCUGUCUCAGCUUCCAAAAACUUAAACGAGGAAUCCCCAGCUCUGAAAAGAACAGGCACAAAGAGAACAAUAAAGAAAACACUUCCAGAAUAUGUAGAACCUGAAUUAGAUGACAUUGAUGAUGGGAUGGAUGAUACAAUGGAUAAUGAUGAUGAGGAGGACACUGAUGAAUAUGAACCAGACGUGGAGUUUAAGGAUGAGAAUGAUGAUGCAAAUUAUAUAGAUGGCACUAGUGCUACACCUAGAAAACGUCAAAAAUCUUCUUCAAAGAAGGAGAAAAAGGAAGAAGAGGCUAAUGUAAAUCCAUUGGUGUGUGAACUAUGUGAUAAGACAUUUGAAACUCAUAAGGAGUCCGCUGAACACCAGAGAGAUGUCCAUAAUACUAUUGCAUGUGAUAUAUGCGCUAAAGUCUUCAAUAAUGAACCUGACUUAAGGAGACAUGGGGUGCUCCAUACUGAGGAGAUGCUUGUAGUGGACACCUACAGUGAGAUGUGCAUUUAUCAGUGUAGCAGGUGCCAUAGUCCGUUUCCAUCUGCACGGGAGCUCAUUGCACACGCAAAGACUAUCCAUGAGGCCAAUCUCCUGCAGUGUAGAGUAUGCAACAAAAUCACAAAAUGUGUGAAGGAAUAUUGCCAGCAUUACCUAACCCAUCAACAGAAUCAAGGAUAUGAUUGGAGGCAAGUGAGAAGGGAUGCAAAACUUCUGGGAAAGCAUAAAUGUCCGUAUGAAUCUUGUGAAUAUGUGAGCUCAAGGUCGGGGACUUUAAAUCGACAUAUCAAACAGACCCAUUUGAAACUUCCAUAUUUUAAAUGUGAAACUUGUGCACAGGAAUUUGUGUAUAAGUUCAAGUUGAGAAAACACAUGAAAGAUAACCCUGAAUGUGCUAAGAAUUGUACGGUUAGUUUCAAAAAACAUGUCUGCGAGAUCCCGAGUUGUGGAAAAGUUUUUGAGACUGCAGGAAAUCUAGCCAAACAUAAAACUGAAUUUCAUUUGAAAAUAAAGGCCUAUAAAUGUGAGACGUGCAAAGAGGAAUUUGUAUACUACCUAACAUUUAAAAGUCAUUUUCUGCAUAGUCGCACAUGUGAGGAAAAUUGUCCGUCAAAUCUAACCUUUGUUGUGUGUGACGUAUGUGGGAAGAAAUUCAAUUCUGCUUCAAAAAUGAAACGUCAUAAAUUAGAUGUCCAUGAGAGAGGAGCUUUCAACUGCCAGUCAUGUGAUGCAAUUUUUAGCACUGAAUCAAAUCUAAUGAUGCACAAACGAAGAAAGCAUGAUGCGAAAGAGCACAUCUGUUCGUAUUGUGGGAGGGCCUUUGGGCUUCCCUUUGAUCUACGCAACCAUGAGAGAAUCCAUACUGGAGAGAAGCCUUUCCAUUGUGACAUAUGUGAUGUCAGUUUCAUUCAGCAGAGUAUUCUCAUAAAACAUAGAAGAUCAGACAUUCAUGUACACAGAGUGAAUGAAUGGAAUAAACAGUUAGGGACUCCAGAAAAUGAACCACAACCAUACACAAAUAAAGAUGAUGAGCAAUUAAGAUACCCUGAAAUGAGGCAAAAAGAGUCAUUAGAAAAUGAACAAGUACCAUACGGUGAAGUUUGGCGAAAAGAUGCAUUAAAUAAUGAACAACUCGCAUACAGUGAAUAUAUGCAAAAUAAGACAUUAAAAAGUGAACCUUUACCAUAUACUGAAUAUCAUGAAUAAGCAGUCUGAGACUUUAUCAUACAUGUAUAAUUAAGUACUGGACACUCUUCAAUGUUCCAAUAUGUAUGGAAUAUUAGCAUAGGUCUUAGGACCACCAUCUUGCAUGGAAUAAGAUAUGUUAUUGAAGAUGGCAUGCAAAAUUUGAAAAUAUUGUCUAACCAUUCAGAUAUUAUUUGUUAUGACUUAUAAACUGUUUGAAACACUUUUUGAAAAGAACCAUGAAUGAAAUAAAUACAUGGGGUAAUAUCGUGUAUGGAAAAGAUAUAUGGGACAAUAUAAUGAAUGGAAUAAAUAUGGUGCAAU